CUGCCGCCGCCUCCCGACCCGGCCGGCAGAACCGGCGUCCCGGCGGCCCCCGGAACAUCUCAAAGCGGACGAAGGAGUCCAUGUUGGGGAACUUGGCGGCGGCGUGACGGGGACCUCGGGACCUGCAGUGGGGCCGCCGCCGCCGCCGCCGGAGCCAGCGCCUCGACCUCGGCCUGAGGAAACCCCUUUUCAAGGAGAAAUGAAGAAGAAAACUCUCUAUACCCUAAAUGUGGGAGAUCAGGAGUAUGAAGAUAUGGAAGGUGAAGAAGACAAAGAUAAUACUGCUACCACUGGUCUGUUGUACAGUGAAGCUGACAGAUGUCCAAUAUGUCUUAAUUGCCUAUUAGAGAAGGAAAUUGGUUUUCCAGAAGGUUGUAAUCAUGUCUUCUGUAUGACUUGUAUUCUUAAAUGGGCAGAGACACUGGCUUCAUGUCCUAUUGACCGAAAACCUUUUCAAGCAGUGUUUAAAGUCAGUGCAUUGGAAGGUUGUGUUAAGGUUCAAGUAAAAAGACAGUUGAGAGAAACAAAAGACAAGAUAAAUGAAACCUCUUUUAAGAAACUGCUCUCCUAUCAUGAAAAUUCUAAAAGCUCUAUGAGAAAAUACAUCAUCAGAGAUGAUCUAUUAAGUGCAAAGCUGCAGGACUUGAAGAUACAUAGAAAAACGAAACACAGUGAAAUGGGAGGAAAGAAAAAUGCAACAAUAAAGAUAAAGAAGCCUCGAAGAUCAAAUCAGUGUACAAGUCAGUACUUCAGAAAUUUUUUCUCCAAUAUGUUUUCUUCUAGUAGUAACACUGGAGAAUCUUCUUUUACCUGUAGAGCAUAUUGUACAGAAUUUAUAGAAGUCAAUGAAGUCAGUGCAUUAAUUAGGCAGAAGAGACAAGAACUGGAAUUAUCAUGGUUUCCUGAUACAUUACCUGGAAUUGGAAGAAUUGGUUUUAUACCCUGGAAUAUUGAAACAGAAGUCCUUCUUCCCAUCCCUUCUGUGUUGCCGAGAACUAUUUUUCCAACAAGUACCAUAUCCUUAGAGAAUUUUGGUACUUCUUGCAAGGGAUAUGCAUUAGCACAUACUCAAGAAGGAGAAGAGAAGAAGCAAACUUCUGGUACAUCAAACACCAGAGGAUCAAGACGAAAACCUGCAGCUACAACUCCUACAAGGAGAUCUACACGUAACACGAGAGCUGAAACAGUCACUCAGUCUCAGAGAUCCCCGGUAUCAAAUAAUUCUGGGUGUGAUGCCCCAGAGAAUAAUAACCCAUCUGUAAGUGUUUCUUCUUCAGCUGAGUCCGAAAAGCAAACAAGACAGGCCCCAAAACGGAAAUCUGUAAGAAGAGGAAGAAAACCACCUUUACUUAAAAAGAAACUUCGGAGCUCUGCACCUCCCCCUGAAAAAUCAUCUUCCAGUGAUUCAGUAGAUGAAGAAACAGCAGAAUCUGACACACCACCUGUAUUAGAGAAAGAGCACCAAUCAGAUGAAGAAAGUAGUAACACUUUUACUGUGCAGACAGAUGUAAAAAAUAAGUCUGCUAAUGGCUUGAAAAGUUGCAGUGAGCAAAUAGAAGAAAGUGAGGAACACAUUGAGAACCAUGAUACAGAGGAAAAAGUAGAGUCUUCAUAUUCUGAGUCUUGUAUCCAAAAUCCUCCUGUUCUGGUUGAAGAGGAGGAGGAAGUUCAAAAAAUUGAGAAUAUAGGUAUCGAAGACAUUCAAAAAGUUGAGAAUACAGUUAUUGAGGACAUUCAAAAAGUUGAGAAUACAGGUAUUGAAGAAAUUCAAGAAGUUGAGAAUACAGGUAUUGAGGACAUUCAAAAAGUCGAGACUACAGGUAUUGAGGAAAUUCAAAAAGUUGAUAAUACAGGUAUUGAGGAAAUUCAGAAAACUGAGAAUACAGGUAUUGAGGAAAUUCAGAAAACUGAGAAUACAGGUAUUGAGGAAAUUCAAAAAGUUGAGAAUACAGGUAUUGAGGAAAUUCAAAAAGUUGAGAAUACAGAUAAUGAGGAAAUUCAGAAAGUUGAGAAUACAGAUAAUGAGGAAAUUCAGAAAGUUGAGAAUACAGAUAAUGAGGAAAUUCAGAACGUUGAGAAUACAGAUAAUGAGGAAAUUCAGAACGUUGAGAAUACAGAUAAUGAGGAAAUUCAGAAAGUUGAGAAUAUAGAUAAUGAGGCUUAUGUUUUUUGUUUAGAAAAUGUGAUUUCUGAAAAUAUUUCUGAAAAAGAUAAUGAUCCAUUAGAAAAUCAAGACCAAGUAUCUGGACCAUCAGAAUCAGAAGUAAAAGAUAUAUGUACAGACCAUUCUCCAAAUGAUUCUCUUACAUGUUCAGCAUCUGAAAUGGAAGUACAACAACCUAUACCAAACCUAGAUGAGUUAUCUGAGAAUGCAGACGUAGUGGUUAAUGAAGAAAAAGUUGUAGAGGUUAAUGAAGAAAAAGUUAGAGAUGUUAAUGAUGAAGAGGUUAGAGAGAGUACUAUAGUAGAAACUAUUGAUCAUGAAGAUUCUACAGUAAAAGCAGACCAGCUUGUAGACAACCCAAAAUUAGAAUUUUCUGAGGGUGGAAUUAUACAAAGAGUGGACAAAACAUCUAUUGAGAGCUCAGAGAUUCAGUUGCCUGGGCAUGUUGAAACUGAAGAUGCAGAAAUAAUUACAACGUGUGAUACUUCAGGGAAUGAAAAUUUCAAGAGUAUUCAAGAUUCUGAAAAUAAUUUAUUAAAAAUUAAUCUUAACACCAAAUUAGACACAUCUUUAGAAGAAAAGAUUGACUCUCUGGUUGAACAUCCCAGAUCUACAGAAUUGCCUAACACACACAUUGAACAGAUUCAGAAGCAUUUUAGUGAAGACAAUAAUGAAAUGAUACCUAUGGAAUGUGAUUCAUUUUGCAGUGACCAGAAUGAAUCUGGAAUUGAACUGUCUGUAAAUGCUGAUGCUAAACAGUUGAACAGAAAUUCUGCAGAGCACGGUUCUCAAAAUAAUAUGUCAUCAUCUGAUUCUGUAAGUGAAAAGGUAGAAACCCUAUCUCAACCAUUUGAGAGCCCAACAGAUAUGAUAGAUAAAGCCAAAAAGCCUCGUACUCGAAGAUCUAGAUUUCAUUCCCCAUCUACAACUUGGUCUCCCAACAAAGACACUGCACGAGAAAAGAAGAGGUCUCAGUCUCCAUCUCCCAAAAGAGAAACUGGAAAAGAAAGCAGGAAGUCUCAAUCACCAUCUCCCAAGAAAGAAUCUGCAAGAGGACGGAGAAAAUCUCGUUCUCAGUCUCCAAAAAAGGAUAUUGCAAAAGAGAGAAGCCAAUCACAGUCUCGAUCUCCAAAAAAAGAUAGCAUUAGGGAUGGCAAAAGAUCAGAAUCACUUUCUCCAAAGAGAGACACUUCUAGAGAAAACAGAAGAUCUCAGUCAAGAGUAAAAGAUUACUCACCAAGAGAAAAAUCCAGGUCCCAGAGCAGAGAAAGAGAAAGUGAUAGAGAUGGUCCCAGGAGAGAGAGAGAAAGGAGAAACAGAAGGUGGUCUAGGUCCAGAUCUCGUUCUAGAUCACCAUCAAGAUCUAGAACAAAAAGUAAGAGUUCAUCAUUUGGUAGAAAUGACAGAGACAAUUACUCUCCUCGGUGGAAGGAAAGAUGGGCAAAUGAUGGUUGGAGAUGUCCACGAGGAAAUGAUCGGUACAGAAAGAGUGACCCAGAGAAACAGAAUGAAAAUACAAGAAAAGAAAAAAAUGACAUCAGUCUGGAUACCGAUGAUCCAAAUUCUGCUGACAAACAUAGAAUUGACUGUCCCAGUUGGGUAACAGAAAAAAUAAAUUCUGGGCCUGAUCCAAGGACCAGAAAUCCAGAAAAGGUAAAAGAUUCCCAUUGGGAAGAAAAUAGAAAUGAAAAUUCAGGGAAUUCUUGGAAUAAAAACUUUGGUUCAGGUUGGAUGUCUAACCGUGGUCGAGGUAACCGUGGCAGAGGCACUUACAGAGGUAGUUUUGCCUAUAUAGAUCAAAGUGAAAAUCGGUGGCAAAACCAGAAACCCCUCUCAGGGAAUUCAAAUGGUUCAGGGAAUGAGUCUUUCAAGUUUGUGGAACAGCAACCUUAUAAACGGAAAGGUGAGCAAGAGUUCUCAUUUGACACGCCAGCAGACAGAUCCGGGUGGACAUCUGCAUCUAGUUGGGCUGUGAGAAAGACUCUACCAGCAGAUGUACAAAACUAUUAUUCACGACGAGGGCGGAAUUCUUCAGGCUCACAGUCUGGAUGGAUGAGACAGGAAGAAGAAACAACUGAACAGGAUUCUAACCUAAAAGACCAAACAAACCAGCAAGGUGAUUGUUCUCAGCUACCUAUAAAUAUGAUGCAACCACAAAUGAAUGUAAUGCCUCAACAAAUGAAUGCACAACACCAGCCUAUGAAUCUCUUCCCAUAUCCAGUACCGGGUGUUCAUGCACCUUUGAUGAACAUCCAACGCAAUCCAUUUAAUAUUCAUCCUCAGCUACCCUUGCAUCUACACACAGGAGUACCUCUCAUACAGGUAGCUGCUCCUACCAGUGUAUCUCAGGGACUACCACCACCACCACCCCCUCCCCCGCCAUCCCAACAAGUCCACUACAUUGCUUCACAGCCAGAUGGAAAGCAAUUGCAGGGUAUUCCUGGUGCUUCUCAUGUAAGUAAUAGCAUGAGUACGCCAGUCUUGCCCGCUCCGACAGCAGCCCCAGGAAAUAUGGAAACAGUUCAGGGACCAAGUUCUGGUAAUACUUCGUCAUCCAGUCACAGCAAAGCCUCUAAUGCUGCUGUAAAAUUGGCAGAAAGCAAAGUAAGUGUUACAGUGGAAGCCAGCGCAGAUAGCUCGAAGACAGACAAGAAAUUGCAAAUUCAAGAGAAAGCAGCACAGGAGGUAAAACUGGCCAUUAAGCCAUUUUACCAAAAUAAAGAUAUCACCAAGGAAGAAUAUAAAGAGAUUGUACGAAAAGCAGUAGAUAAAGUUUGUCAUAGUAAGAGUGGAGAAGUCAAUUCUACUAAAGUGGCAAAUUUGGUUAAAGCCUAUGUAGACAAAUACAAAUAUUCACGGAAGGGAAGCCAAAAGAAAACUCUGGAAGAACCUGUGUCUACUGAGAAACACAUAGGCUGAGAUGGAGAGCACUGCAAAGGACACUCAAGAUUUCUGCAAAGUGCAAUUUCAACAUGUACCUUUAACUGAGAAUCAUACAUAACUGUGAUUGAAAUUUGGUUUUGAUAAAAUUAUUUUUUUUAACGUAGGAUAUAAUGUUUUGUUCAAAAUAAAUAAUAGUUCUGCACUGCAACUUCCAUAUCCUUUUCUCCCACCCACUGCCCUCAAAUAAAAGCAAACUCAAGGGAAAGUAAAGGGGUUAAAGGAAUGUGCAUUUUCACUAGGACUGUUACAGUGUGGAGACUGAAAGAUGUACAGCUUUUUGAUUUGAACAAUGGAGUGCAUAAAUUAGAAAUUUCUAAGUGCACUGGUUUUGGAAAUUUCUAAGUGCACUGGUUAUAUAUAUAUAAUACAUUUAUUCUGUCAGGCUAAAAAUAAAGUAUGAUCUAUAUGAUUUUUCCCUCUAAUUAUAGAAAGCUAAGUAAUGUAUUACUGUGAGAAAUAUUUCUAAUAACAGAACAUACCAAUUGUAGGGUUCCUAAUCUGUAUUUUUAAAGCACACAUCUGAAUAAAUUGUUUAGAUAGAAAACAAAUUACCACAUAAAUAAAAUUCAGUGUUCAAAACUUUGGAACACUGUUGAUCUAUUGUAUCACCAAAUAAAGGGUAUGCUGCUUGUUUUUCUUUGUGCCUUUUUUCCCCCCCAAUUGAGAUGAAGCAGUUUUAUUUGCUAGAUUUACAACUUUAGCAGUCUAAAUUCUUGGUUGAAUUUAGAAGACCAGUUUGGAAAAAGUGUUGACUUUGCAAAAGUCGUGUUCUUUCAUAAUAUUUCCUACCUAUCAGAGAAGAUAAAUUAUCUGUGCCAACUGGAGAACUGCUGUUCAAUGGUGGUGACCCUCCCUCCCUUGGGAUUAAGGUAGAAUUCUGAGACUCGCUUCAGUGGCUUUUGGGUGGUUGUUCAUCUGUCCAAUCACUAAUGAAAUUCUUUUCACGCUUGAGAAAUCUCCAAAUGCUUUACAGUGAAUAAAGUGUUAAUUUGGUGACCAUGUGAUGGCCAUUGAGCAUGGUGCAAACAUCUAAACAUUAAAAUCCAUGUUUUGGAAAGGAAGAGGAAUUAUAAAUAAUGGAGUUUUGGUUAGGCCUUCAGGGACUAGGGAUUUUUUUUUUUUUUUUUAAUACUAGAAUAUGUUAACUUUUAUAAAAGGUAAGUUUAAAGUGUUAUAGUAUCAUUAUUUUAAUUGGCAUUUUGGAAGAAAACUGUGUCCAUGAUAAUCUGUCUUUUAUUCUAGUAACAAUUUUCAGUAGAUACCAAAUAACAGGAAAGCUAUUCAGGUAAGACAUUAAUGGCUCAAACAUAGGUAUAUGCCUCAGUGAGACAGACUGACCUUUUUACUAGCUAAACUAGCAAGAGCAAUACUCUGUAGGACUAUGCUUUUCUGAAGUAAAGAUUAUGUUUCUCAAUUUUAUGUGCACAAUACACUCCUGGUGCUAGCUUUGAUAGGCAAAAUAUUUUGGAACGAUGGCCCCAGUAAUCGUUUUACUAGUUCAUAAUCUUUAUUAGAUUAUGAGUAUAAUCCCCAAAAAUAUUAGAGGUAUUUCCAAGCAGUUUUUGAUCUUUAUUCUGCAUUUCUGGGCAUUUGUAAUAUGGUAUUCUACUGAUUUAUAUAUAUUUUUAAUUAAAGUUUGUGUUUAGAUUAUGGAGAAAGAAGUUUAGAAGUAUAUUUCUUCUAAUAAAAUAUUAAGACAGUAUUUUAAAUAUCAGUGCACACGUCCUCACUUCUUUCAGUUUUGAGCUAUAGAAACAAUUGUGUGAACUUUAAAUCUAUUUUUAGUUAAAGCUGGUUCACACUUUGAAAAUUUUAUAGCAAAUUGCCUAAGCCAAUUGAUUAAUCAUAUAAUGCCUACUUUUCCUUUGUUUUCUUUCAGUGACGUUUGGGAGUUGGGUGACAUUUUAAAAUUUGCUUUACACCAUUUAUCUUUUGCAAACCUGUUUAAAUAUAGUUUUGAAGAAAUACUAGGUAGUAGUCAAGUCUCAGAUCUUUGGUAGCACUAUCAUGAAUUAUUUCCACCUUUCCUGAAAAUAACAAGUGUGUAUUCCAUAUCGGGUUGGUGUACUGGUUAGACUGCAUUUAAAAUAGUUAAUGAAGAAUGUUACUGGAUUAGAAUUCAAACUUUUAAAACUUUGAAAUUUAAGAAUGUUUUAGAAAGUGCAUGCUUUAUGUUAAAACAUUCAUUGCUUUAACAUUACAUUCCCCAUUCUUGCUUUUUCAGAAAUUUAUAUUAAUUUUGCAUGUGUGUAAACUUAUUCAAGAACAUUUUGUGGGGUUAUAGAUUUCUCUUGUUAUUUAUAAAGAUUCAGUAUUAACUUGACCUUUGAAACCUUGGUCCCUUUAACUUACUAGUCACAUUGACCAAUGUUUUAGGCUAUAUAGUGAUGCCUAGAAUUUUGAGACUGAAAGUAAUUAUUAUUUGAACAUUCCAAAAGUUUUGUGAUUUUUUUUUUCUGGUAAUUAACACAUUUUCUUCAUCAUCUACCUUUAAAUGGCCACAGUGUGUACUGCUUGAAUGUUCUAUCCAAAAGAUGUAGCUUUGGAAGCACAGGGAUUGCCCAUGGUCCAUGAGACAUUGUUUGUAGUCUGAGGAUGGAGUGCUGUCUACUGAAACAAUGCUCUUAAACAGAUAUGUA